AUGACUCCCACACUUGAUCUUGAAUUUGAUAAUUUAGAAGAGGCAUGGCAGUAUUGGGUUGGCUAUGGCAAAAGAAUGGGAUUUGGUGUUAGAAAGGAAAACUCCAAUAAAAGCAAGAAAGAUGGUUCUAUCAUAUAUUAUAAAUAUGUUUGUCACAAGGAGGGAGUGAGAAAACCAGAUAAAAGAGAUUUCAAAAUUAGGAAGCCUCGACAGGAAACAAGAACUGGGUGUGAAGUCAGAAUGAUAGUUAAAAAAGUGAAUGGAAGAUUUAGAGUUAGUGAACUUUAUUUGGAUCAUAAUCAUCCUUUAGAGCCUCAAGAAACUGUUCACAUGUUUGCAUCACAGAGGAAAUUACCAGAAGCACAAGGUUAUGCUUUAGAAGCUGCUGAAGACGUCGGGAUUAAGCAAAAAGCCUCUUUUAAUUUAAUGAGUAAAUAUGCAGGAGGGAGGGCUAAUUUAGGAUAUACUGAAGAGGAUAUAAAGAGUUAUCUAAGAGCAAGGAGACAACGAAAAAUGUGCUAUGGUGAAGCUGGGUGUCUACUUCGUUAUUUCCAACAUCAACUAACAGAAAAUCCUUCAUAUUUUCAUGCCUAUCAAGUGGACUCAGAAGAUCGAAUAACUAAUGUAUUUUGGGCUGAUCCACGUAUGUUAUUAGAUUAUGAUUGUUUUGGGGAUGUCAUUUCAUUUGAUACAACAUACUCCACCAAUCGUGAAAAUAGACCGCUUGCCAUUUUCUCAGGUUUCAAUUAUUAUAGAGAAGUAGUGAUAUUUGGUGCUGCGUUAUUGUAUGAUGAGACCAUUGAAUCUUUUAAAUGGCUUUUUGAAACUUUUCUACAAGCACAUAAGGAAAAAUUGCCAUUUACUGUAUUUACUGACCAAGAUGCUGCAAUGGCACGAGACUUGGAAGAAGUAAUGCCAACCGUGAAGCAUGGCUUGUGCACUUUUCAUAUUAAUAGAAAUGCGGUGAAACAUCUUGGAAACUUGAUGAAGGAUGACUCUCAUUUUUUGGGUAAGUUUAAUUGGUGCAUGUAUCAUUGUGAAGAAAAAAUAGUGUUUGAGGAAUCUUGGAAAGAAUUAUUGUUGAAGUACAAUGCAGUAGAUAAUCCUUGGUUGAUGUCCAUUUAUGAGUUGAAAGAAAAAUGGGCAGCAUGUUACAUGAAGGAUUCAAAGACUCUUGGUAUGAGAAGCACACAGCUUAGUGAAAGUAUUAAUUCUUUCAUAAAAAGUUGUACAAAUCCUGAAUUGAAUAUCAAUCAAUUCUUUGAAAUCUUUGAACAGGUUGUUGUAGAUAAACGAUAUAAUGAAUUAAAGAGUGAUUUUAACUCACGGCAGAAGUUGCCGAGGUUGAUUUUAAAGAGUUCAUCUAUGCUUCAACAGCUUUCUGAAAUUUACACUCCACCAAUUUUUGACUUGUUCCAGCAAGAGUAUGACUUGCGUGAUGCUACAUGUAUAAAAGAGAGCAAGGAAAGAAAGAUAAAUGAAGAUGAUGAUGCCAUUGUAUUUGAAUAUGUAAUCACAAGAGUUGAUAAAAAAGGAGAGUGGAGAUUGACAUAUGAGCCAGCAAGAGAAGACAAGGAGUCUAACAUUACUUGUAGCUGUAAGAAGUUUGAACAAUGGGGAAUAUUAUGUUGUCAUGCAUUGAGGAUAUUGUAUGAUCGAGAUGUAAAGUUACUUCCACAUAAAUAUAUUUUAAAUAGGUGGACAAGAGAAGCAAGGUGUGGUGUGGUACAUGAUAGCAAGGGAAAGGAAAUUGAGGUUGAUCCUAAACUAGAAUGUUCAAAUCGAUAUAGGCAAUUGUGUCCAAUGAUCAUAAAAUUAGCCAGUGAAGCAUCUGAAUGUCCAGAGGCAUUCUCUAUGGUUCAUCAAAUGGUGCUAGAACUUGGUAAAAAAGUGUCUAAACUUCUUACUAAAAAUUCAUUAGAUGGUGUUGAUAAUGAAGCUGGCGUUAAUAAUGAUGAUGAUGGAAAAAAUUAUGGUGAAGGCAUUGGAUUCAAAAAAAGAGAACGCAAGAAGAUUGAUAAAAGUUGGGUUGACAACCCUAAUCAGAAAAGAAGAAAAGUUAAAAAUUCAAAAAAAGCUGCUCACAAGCCUUCGCAAAGUUUGAAGGAAACCCAAAAGUCAACUCAGGUACAUCAUAGUCUGCCUGUGUCAAAUACACUUGUGACUAUGCAAUAUGGCCCUCCUAUAUCAACUACACCAGUUUCAAUGCAAUAUGGUUCUGCUAUGUCAAAUACUCCAAUGCCAAUGCAAUAUGGUCCCCCUGUCUCAACUACACCAGUGCCACUACAAUAUGGUCCUCAUGUGUCAUCUUCACUAGUUCCAAUGCAAUAUGGUCUCCCUAUAUCAAAUACAUCAACACCAAUGCAACACGGCUCCAUUGGACCAUGA